UAGUGUCAUUUAUAUUUUAAUUUUUAUUGUUGUAAUUUUUAAGUUUGAUGUCUUGGGACGGACAAAGAGCGGCAGCCAUGAGGCGCCAUCUUAAGCUCGCAGUCUACCAUGACUCUGUCAUUGUACUUGUUUGUAAUUUGAAAGCGCUUAGAGCAGAUUUGUAUAAACGCUAUAUAAAAAUAAAAUUAUUAUUAUUAUUAUUAUUAACUGUCCUAAAACCGAGGUGUCCUCAAACUUGACCGGCCCCGUGUGAACGUAGCGUAAUUAUUUAUAAGUAAAUUCAGUACAGAUAGGAAAUCGAUAAAAAUCGAUGAAAAUCGAUAAAAUCGAUAAUCACAGCAAAGCUGAAUAUCGAUUUUUAUCGAUUUCCGAUAAUGAUCGAUCGAUUAGUUACGGUUUGUAUCGAUUAGUAUCGAUUUUAUCGAUUAAUAGAUUUCAUCGAUUAGUUACGCCGGGUGUCCUUGGAGUUGUGUUCUAGCUGUACUGUACGGAGUUAGUUAUAAUUUAUACAUUAAAUCAACCAUCUAAGCAUCCUUUGAUAAUAAAUCCUUAGUUUUCCUUCAAAAAAAUAUCUUUUCCACCUACUGUUUCCAGUUUAUCCCAAUCCAGAAAAUACAGCUCUACGUUUGGAGUCAUUUCUUAUCAGUUGAUCGAUUUACACAUCACCGAUGUCGACAAGGAUGAUGGGAUUUCUGCAAAAUUAUGUCGUCAUUUCCGGUGUAACUAAAAAACGAAAUGGGGGAUUAUCAGCAGUACAUAUGUACCUCUAGGAUUAUUAAUAGAGAUCGGAAAUUUCAUUAUAAUCUGUCAUGGACUGAGGUUUUGACAGAUAUCACUUUUAAAGUGAUUCUUUUUUGUGUGGAUCAGCUUGAAAAAAACAAAAAAAAAAUAACAAAAAAACAAAAAAAAAAAAACCAGGAAGUAGUUUUAUUUUUAAAACUGGGUGACUAUGCCAACGACAUACAUAAAGCCUGCACAGCAGUACGAGGUAAUCAUAAUGAAAUUUUGAAUUAUAGGGCUCGCUAAUAGUUGUCGUUUUUUCUUUUUUUUCUUUCAGAAUUAAUCAUCUUCAACGAUUUUCAAACAUUUAGAGCUGGCAUCAAAUGGUCCUAAAGUCUGACAUACAUUGAAAAAAAAAACGUUCUUAAAUACAACAAUUUCAAGAAAAUGGGUAACUCUAAAGAUGAUCUAGUUCCACUUUUAAAUAGCAAGAGUCGAACCAAGAGCGGAAACAGAGGCGAACUCCCACAGAAGCAUUCAUCAAAAACCUUCGUAAUAUUAUGUAUUCUGGUAACAGAGCUAUGUGAAAGGUUGACAUAUUAUGGCAUUCUAGCAAAUCUUGUGCCUUUUUGUGAAAAAACACUGGGGAUGAAGAAUACUCUACCUUCAACAGUAAACCUUGUUUUCCAAGGUACUUCCUUUUUUAUCCCUGUCCUUGGAGGCUGGUUAGCAGAUAGAUACAUGGGUCGUUUCAAUGUAAUAUAUGGGAGUUCCUUAAUUUAUUUUGUUGGAACACUGUUAUUAUCUGUUGUUGGCAUUGAAGAUGCCACUCUUAAAAAAAUCACAAAUGGAAGCUACUUGGGAAAGACAUCUAAAAUUGCAUACUUUGUUUUAUCACUGGUGUUUCUUUCUAUUGGAACUGGAGGCAUUAAAGCCAAUGUAUCCCCAUUUGGGGCAGACCAAGUUAAAGAUCAAGGCCCAGAGGCARUUSAGAAAUUYUUCAWUUGGUUCUWYUGGUUYAUCAACRUYGGGGSYUURGUUUCCUWCACMUUARUUGUCUAYGUAGAACAAAACRUGRGCUUCUCUUACGGCUUUAUCAUAACAGCUGGUUCMAUGUUUCUUGCUAUUAUUGCAUUKUGUAUUAGUCGAAACAAAUACAUAGUGGAACCCCCWGGAGGAAGCAUACUGGGCGAUACAUUUAAAGUUAUUUGGACAGCCAYGAAGAGGACACUAAGAAAAAGUGAAAGACCUUUUCUACGGAUCAAGGGCGAGAGUUGGUUGGACAGAGCCAAGGAAACCAGGGGAGGGCACUUCUCAAAUGGUCUAGUGGAAGAUGUCAAAACCUUUCUGAGAAUAAUUCCCAUAUUUGCAAUGUUUAUAAUUUACUGGACACUUUACUCACAGAUGCUGACAACAUAUCUAAUUCAAGCUCAGUACAUGAAGAUAGUAGAUCUUCGCGGUAGUUCUUCGCUUCCUGUUGCAUCUCUGUCUGUGCUUGCCAUCGUUGCUGCUCUAAUUCUCAUUCCUAUCAUGGACAAACUUGUUUAUCCUUGUAUUCGACACACUGGGUUUAACUUCACCCUGUUACGGCGUAUUGGCACGGGCAUGGUCUUUGCGGCCUCUUCUCUCGCAGUGGCUGGAUGGGUGGAGAGCAAACGGCGAGAGAGAUUUGAAAAUGGACAUACUGUUUAUCAGACAUUGUUUGAUAAAAAUAUAACUGCGUCUGAUAUGUCAGUUUUCUACCAAGUGCCACAGUUUCUGCUCAUUGCAACUGGUGACGUGUUAACACUUAUCACAGGUCUCGAGUUUGCAUAUUCUCAAGCCCCUAAAAAUCUUCAAGGACUUGUAAUGGGCGUUUUCCUGGUCACUUGUGGUAUUGGCAACUAUUUAUCUGGUGGUAUGGCAAAUAUUAUCAGUUAUGCCCAACCAAAAUGGUAUCCAGCUGACAAUCCUAACAAAGGCCACUUUGAAUACUAUUUUUUCCUAUUGGCGGGGUUAAUGGUGGUGAAUUUCUUUAUUUUUCUCAUUGUUGCUCGCAAAUAUCAGUACGUUGAUCAUAAUAAGCGUGGGGCAUCGCAAAGGAACAGGAAUCAAUCACAGGACAGGGCUGUCAACUCUCCGGGAUAAAGCCGGAAGUCCUCAAUUUGUUUUAUCUAGAUACAAUAAUAUAUAAUCUAAUGGUUGUUCGAAAAAAUGGCAAAUUUUUAAAGUAUAUUUAAACAAAAAUAGGGACUGAACUACCUGAGGUAAAUAUUGGUGACCGCAAUUUGUAUAGCUAAGUUGUUCGCCAAUUGGAAAAUUUAAACAGUAUGUCUGUUUUACCAAUCUCGAGGUGUCAAACUGCCUGGGAUUGACAGCCCUGGUCUCGAUCAAAUGAGAGGAAUAUUGAUGGUACUUAACACUUGUACAAUGUACCUUUUGGAGACAAAUCUGUUUGUCAUCUUCUUAAAACAUUUUACUGAUAUAUUGCAAUAGUUUCAAUAGAUGAAAUAACUGUAAUUUGCUCUCUUCACUCACAAGGCUCAUCAAAAGUUCAUUUUUUUUUCAAAACUGUAAUUUUAAUUAUUUCACAAUUAUGGAAACCAAGUUUUUUUUACGCAAACAUUCAUAUGACUGCUUAGCCUACUUCUAUUGUUGGAUUAAAUGAAUGAAAUCUUUCCAUACUCCAUCUUCACGCCAACAGUUUAUUGUAAUUGUAGAAAUUACUAACUAACUGUUUCCAUUACAAAAUAGAGCUUCAAUUUAAGAACCUAGAGAGCCUGAUUUCAAGUUAAGCACCUGUUUAAUAUAAGAGCUGCUCAUGCUGACUUAAAAAAAUCUCGGUUUUUCUAUGCAGGGUUUUCCUGUAACCUACUCAUGCCAGUGACUGUACUCAAGCCUUGUCAAAGCUUGUUCAGUUAAAAUCCCAUUGUUUUCAAAUUAUAUUUCAUUGCAGAAGUGAACAGGAGAUGUUCCAGUUUUAUGUCUAUAACUAAGCAAGAAAUUUCAAGAAUUCAAUGACAGAAGUUGACAAAGCAGUCAUAUGUUAAUAAACUCAUGAAUUGGUGGUUUUAGUGACAUUAUGUUACAAUUUCUUUUUUCUUUUUGUAAAGUCCAAGAAACAAAAUGGUAUCAUUCAUCUGAUAAUUUCAUACGGCAUUGAAAUUAAAUCAAAAUUUAUAACUAAAAUAAUUUUACUUUAUACACCUAUUUCUGUAUACAAAAGUACCUCAACUACUUCCACAUAUUAGUCUCUCAGAUUCUUCCUAUAAAAUUGUGCACUCUUUCUAAGAGAUAAAAACAAAAUGGUUAGUGACAAA